AUGCCCGCGACACGCUCAUCCAGCCAACAGCGCUCUCGUUCACGUGCAAAAGAAAGAUAUACAUCACCUACACGAAAUCUACCCAGCCGCUCGAAACCAAAAUCAAACGUGGCUACUAUCCCUGAAGUCAUCGUUUUAUCUUCGGAUGAUGAGAAUAUCCAACCGAGCAAAAUUGGUUCAUCCUCAAGAUUCAAAAAAAAGAUUUCAAAGAAGCCGUUUCCGACGAGGGAUGUUCUGGAGAUAUCUUCGUCGUCGGAUGAAGGACCAAUACUUCCCAAGGCGUCGGAAAACGAUGGCUCAUCUUGGCAGCAGGAGAAUUCGAAAUUGGAGCAGAUGAAUGAACACCUAAAGAGGCAGGUCGCUGACCAGCGCAUACAACUUGACAAUUCGAAGAAGCGUCUCGAGGAGCAAAGUCAAGAGCUUGCCGCACAAUCCCGAGAAAUUAUUGCCGGCCAUCAGGAGAUCCAAUUGCAACGGGAGAAACUUGACGCUUUGCAAGCGAAAGGCACAUCAGAAUUGACUAUUGAUGCUACCAAGUUGGGUGACAUGCUCUCUUGUGAUAUAUGCGCGCAUUUGAUGCACUCCCCUUACCUUCUCACUGAGUGCGGACACUGUUACUGCGAGGGGUGCCUCAAAGGCUGGUUCAACGAAAUACUCACUAAACAUAUUCGUGCACAUCCCGCAUACAACAUUAACCGCAAACCCUUGCCUCGGGACCUCCCUCAAGUUCUUCACACCAUUGGUCCAUACGUCUCGUAUCCGCUUCAGCUGCAACUGCACGCAAUGUAUAAUACUUCCCGACAACAGCAGCCGGAGUAUACCUGUCCGGGAUGUCGGAGGGAAGUCACGGAAAAACCAGUUGUAAAUUUUGCAGUCAAGGACAUGGUUUCCAUCGUCGGGGGCGUCCUUGGACAACCCGACACUCGUCGGGAGUCUUCUAAUCUUCGUAGGCAGCAGGCGGGUUCAUUUGAUGGCUUUUUCCCUCGAUAA